AUGGCCGCCGACCCCACGGAGCAGCUGCUGGGCAGCCUCCCCAUCUUCACUCGCGACGACUUCGAGAGCGACUGGCGCCUAGUGGCCAGCGGCGGCUUCAGCCAGGUGUUCCAGGCGCGGCACAGGCGCUGGCCGACAGACAGAGUACACCAUCAAGUGCCCCCCUGCCUCCCACCCGAUGCCACCAGCUCUGAUGCGAAUUACCUCAUUGAAGAAGCUGCCAAAAUGGAGAUCAAGUUUCAGCACAUUGUGUCCAUCUACGGGGUGUACAAGCAGCCCCUAGGUAUUGUGAUGGAGUUCAUGGCCAGUGGCUCCCUGGAGAAGAUGCUGCCCAUCCACAGCCUCUGCUGGAAGCUCAAGUUCCACAUCAUCCACGAGACCAGCUUGGCCAUGAACUUCCUGCACAGCAUUAAGCCGCCUCUGCUCCACCUGGACCUCAAGCCAGGCAACAUCCUUCUGGACAGCAACAUGCAUGUCAAAAUUUCAGACUUCGGCCUGUCCAAGUGGAUGGAACAGUCCACCCGGAAGCAGUACAUCGAGAGGUCGGCUCUGCGGGGCACGCUCAGCUACAUCCUCCUCAGCUACAUCCCCCCUGAGAUAUUCCUGGAGAGUAACAAGGCCCCGGGCCCCAAACAUGAUGUGUACAGCUUUGCGAUUGUCAUCUGGGAGCUCCUCACUCAGAAGAAACCAUACUCAGGGUUCAACAUAAUGAUGAUUAUUAUCCAAGUGACGGCAGGCAUGCGGCCCUCCCUACAGCCUGUCUCUGACCAAUGGCCAAGUGAGGCCCAGCAGUUGAUGGACCUGAUGAAAUGCUGCUGGGACCAGGACCCCAAGAGGCCAUGCUUUCUAGACAUUACCAUUAAGACAGACAUACUGCUGUCUCUGCUGCAGAGUCCUGUGGUAGUCCCAAAGAGCGAGGCCCUGGCCAGGAAGGUGUCUUGCAAGCUGUUGCUGCGCCAGCCCUGGGAGGUGAAUGAGGACAUCAGUCAGGAACUGAUGGACAGUGACUCAGGAAACUACCUGAAGUGGGCCUUGCAGCUCUCCGACCAUGACAAUUUGGUCCCAAAAGAUGAGGAACUGUGCAUCUAUGAGAACAAGGUCACCCCCCUCCACUUCCUGGUGGCCAAGGGCAGUGUGGAGCAGGUGAGGUUGCUGCUGGCCCAUGAGGUAGACGUGGACUGCCAGACGGCCUCUGGAUACACACCCCUCCUGAUCGCCGCCCAGGACCAGCGACUCUACCUCUGUGCCCUGCUUUUGGCACAAUGGGGACAUGGUGCCAAUGCCAACCUAGUGGAUGAGGACGGCUGGGCCCCACUGCACUUUGCAACCCAGAAUGGGGAUGCCCACACUGCGCGCCUGCUCCUGGACCAUGGGGCCUGUGUGGAUGCCCAGGAACAUGAGGGAUGGACCCCUCUUCACCUGUCUGCACAGAAUGACUUUGAGAAUGUGGCACGGCUUCUGGUCUCCCGUCAGGCUGACCCCAACCUGCAUGAGGCUGAGGGCAAGACCCCUCUCCACGUGGCUGCCUACUUCGGCCAUGUUAGCCUGGUCAAGCUGCUGACCAGCCAGGGAGCUAAGCUGGAUGCUCAGCAGAGAAACCUGAAAACACCACUGCACCUGGCAGUAGAGCGGGGCAAAGUGAGGGCCAUCCAACACCUGCUGAAGAGUGGAGCGGCCCCUGAUGCCCUUGACCAGAGUGGCUACAGCCCACUGCACACUGCGGCUGCCAGAGGAAAAUACCUGAUCUGCAAGAUGCUGCUCAGGUACGGAGCCAGCCUUGAGCUGCCCACCCACCAGGGCUGGACACCCCUGCAUCUAGCAGCCUACAAGGGCCACCUGGAGAUCAUGCAUCUGCUGGCAGAGAGCCACACAAACAUGGGUGCUCUCGGAGCUAUGAACUGGACUCGCCUGCACCUAGCUGCACGCCACAGGGAGGAGGCGGUGGUGUCGGCAUUGCUGCAGUGCGGGGCUGGCCCCAAUGCUGCAGGGCAGUCAGGCUGGACACCCCUCCACCUGGCGGUCCAGAGGGGCACCUUCCUGAGUGUCAUCAACCUCCUGGAACAUCACGCGAAUGUCCAUACCCUCAACAAGGUGGGCUGGACACCUGCCCACCUGGCCGCCCUCAAGGGCAACACAGUCAUCCUCAAAGUGCUGGUCAAGGCAGGUGCCCAGCUGGACAUCCAGGAUGGAGUAGGCUGCACACCCCUGCAACUGGCCCUCCACAGCCAAAAGCGGGUCAUCAUGUCCUUCCUAGAGGGCAAGGAGCCGUCAGUGGCCACUCUGGGUGGUUCUGAGCCAGGAGCCCAGACAGAAAUUUAG